AUGCGCAAAUGUGUCGAAAGUGCAAAGCUUGGACGCAUAAGUUUCAGCACGUGUCUCGAAGUGGAUGCCCGACGACUGACAAUCAACUUGACCAGGGCGGAAGAUUUGCCCAAAUUUGGAAUAUGUGGGCCCCCAGAUCCCUGUGUGCGUAUUAUACUUGAGCAAAACAACUUUCGUCAGACGAAGCAGACACGAAUCUUGAAGAGCACUUACCACCCCGUGUUUAAAGAGGCGGUCAUGUUCCUGGUAUCGGCAAAGGAGGACGACCUGAACAACACCUGUUUGACGAUCUCGGUUGUCGACACAUCUCUGGGCGCCAACGUCGAAGACGUCAUUGGCCAGGUGGUGCUUGGCAAGUACGCCAAGUCAAAGAUCAGCAUCGAUCAGUGGCGAAACACGAUCAGGAACCCAGGAAAGGAAAUAAAGGCGACUCAUGCGCUCAGAUCCGUCGAAGAAAACCUCGAACUUAAGGUCGAAAGGCUGGCUUCCUGA